ACUAGAGACGGAAGAGGACCAAUCACCGGGAAAAGAGAGAGAGCCAGUUCAACGAAGUCCCACCCAAAUAGACGACACCUCUUACCUCCCCUGGACGUAAAGUGGGGGUAGAUACAUCACAUAAAGGGGUUCGCCCAAGACUAUGGAUACAUUUCUUCUCUAAUUUCAUUGAAUAUAACACAUUUUGGAAACAAUGCGACCUGAAUCUGGAAUAGUUAUUGCUGCCUUGUUCUGCAUGGGCUGCUGCGUGACACUGACAGCGCACAAGAAAGUUUGUCAGGGGAUCAGCAACAGGCUGACGCUGCUGGCGACUGUAGAUGACCACUACAACAACCUUGUGAAGAUGUACAGCAACUGUACCGUGGUCCUGGAGAACCUAGAGCUCACCUACAUCCAGGACUACCACGACCUCUCCUUCCUCAAGUCCAUUCAGGAGGUUGGAGGAUACGUUCUGAUCGCCCUCAAUAAGGCAGCCAGCAUCCCUCUUGAGAACCUGCGUCUUAUCCGAGGACACUCCCUCUUCCUUGACAAGUAUGCCCUGACUGUAACAUCCAAUUACGAGAAGAAUCACUCCUCUGUGACCCUCAACUACACCCGGGGCCUGAGGGAGCUGAAGCUGAGUGGGCUGACAGAGAUUCUCAAGGGAGGUGUGAAAAUUGCCCACAAUCCUUUGCUGUGUAAUGUGGAAACCAUCCAGUGGUGGGACAUGGUAAAUAAGGCCAUAAACCAUAGUAUGCACUUCAAACUGGAGAGCUAUGGCCGUUACUGUGACAAGUGUGACCCGGGAUGCUACAAUGGAUCAUGCUGGACCUCAGGACUGGAGAACUGUCAAACCUUUACCAAGCUGACGUGUGCAGAGCAGUGCUCUGGAAGGUGUAGGGGUCCUAAACCCAGUGACUGCUGUAACGAACACUGUGCUGCAGGCUGCACCGGCCCUAGGCCUACAGAGUGUCUGGCUUGUAGAGACUUCCAGGAUGAUGGCAUAUGUAAGGAUGCCUGCCCCCCUACCAUGCUCUACAAUCCCAACACCCACCAGUUGGCUUCCAACCCUAACGCCAAGUACACGUUCGGGGCCACUUGUGUGAAGGACUGCCCACAUAAUUAUGUGGUGACGGACCACGGGGCGUGUGUCAGAACGUGUAGCGGCAACACACACGAGGUGGAGGAGAAUGGUGUCAGGAGGUGCAAGAAGUGUGACGGAAUCUGUCCGAAAGUUUGCGAUGGACUUGGAAUGGGGCUGCUUACUAAAGUGUUGUCAAUCAACGCGUCUAACAUUGAUUCUUUCAAAAACUGCACCAAAAUCAAUGGAGCUGUUUCAAUUAUGCAGACAUCUUUGGAUGGUGAUAGGUACACAUCAACACCAAAAAUGGACCCCGCCAAACUGGAAUAUUUCAAGACUGUGAAGGAAAUUUCAGGGUUUUUGCUGAUACAAGCUUGGCCCGAGCACCUCAACUCUCUCAGUCCAUUUGAAAACCUAGAGAUUAUCAGAGGAAGGACCAAACAGUUUGGUCAGGUGAGUUUCGCUGCCCUGAACUUGGCCCAUCUGAAGUAUCUAGGCCUCCGCUCCCUGCGAGAGAUCAGCGAUGGCAAUGUUGUGGUGAAGAACAACCCCCAGCUCUGCUACACCAACGGAGACCACUGGAAGAGCCUGUUUAGAUUGGGCAAACAGUCCUCAACAGUGGGCAACAACGUCAACAUCAGCACCUGUGCCAAGCUAAACAGUACCUGUGAUGAGAUGUGCACUGACGAUGGUUGCUGGGGGCCCGGCCCCACCAUGUGUUUUACAUGCCUGUAUUACACCCGUAGGGGGCGCUGUGUGCGGGCCUGUCACCUACAGGAGGGGGUGCCACGAGAGUAUGUACUGAAUAACAGGUGUCUAGAAUGUGACCCAGAGUGUAUGGUGAAUGGACCACAAAGCUGCUUUGGACCAGGCCCUGACAAAUGUUUGGCGUGCGCUCACGUCAAAGAUGGCCCCCACUGUGUAUAUCAGUGCCCACACGGCGUUCUCGGGGACGGGGAUAGGCACAUCUGGAAAUACACCGACAAGAAGCGAGAAUGUCAGCUCUGCCAUGAGAACUGCACCCAGGGAUGCUCUGGACCUGGACUGAGUGGCUGCAGCACCAGAGGUGGUCACGCUGCGUCUGUGGUGGUGGCCAGAGUGGUGGGAGGCCUCCUAGUGUUUGUGGUCCUCGCCCUGGGUGUUUUUGUGCUGCUCCGCAGACGCCACCUCGUCAGGAAGAGGACACUGCGCCGUCUGCUGCAGGAGAGAGAGUUGGUUGAACCCCUGACCCCAAGUGGAGAGGCACCCAACCAGGCCCUGCUCCGCAUUCUGAAGGAAACUGAGUUUAAGAAGAUCAAAGUUUUGGGAUCAGGGGCCUUUGGAACUGUCUUUAAGGGCAUGUGGAUUCCUGAGGGAGAAAAUGUGAAGAUCCCUGUUGCCAUUAAGGUGUUGAGAGAGGCCACUUCACCAAAAGCCAACAAGGAGAUUCUAGAUGAGGCCUAUGUGAUGGCUAGCGUGGAGCACCCCCAUGUGUGUCGUCUACUGGGCAUCUGCCUGACAUCCACGGUGCAGCUCAUCACCCAGAUCAUGCCCUACGGCUGUCUGUUGGACUAUGUCAAGGAGAACAAGGACAACAUCGGCUCCCAGUGCCUGCUUAACUGGUGUGUGCAAAUCGCCAAGGGUAUGAACUACCUGGAGGAGCAUCACCUGGUGCACCGUGACCUGGCGGCCAGGAACGUUCUGGUGAAGACGCCUCACCACCUCAAGAUCACCGAUUUUGGACUGGCCAAGCUGCUCACCGCAGACGAGAAGGAGUACCACGCAGAUGGGGGCAAGGUGCCCAUAAAGUGGAUGGCACUGGAGUCUAUCCUUCACUGGACCUAUACACAUCAGAGCGAUGUGUGGAGCUACGGUGUGACAGUGUGGGAGCUGAUGACAUUUGGGUCCAAGCCCUACGAUGGCAUCCCGGCCAUUGAGAUAGCUGGAGUCCUGGAGAAAGGAGAGCGCCUGCCCCAGCCCCCCAUCUGUACCAUAGACGUCUACAUGAUCAUGGUCAAAUGCUGGAUGAUCGAUGCAGAGAGCAGACCACGGUUCAGGGAGCUCAUCUCAGAGUUCUCCAAAAUGGCCCGGGAUCCAUCUCGCUAUCUGGUCAUUCAGGGGGAUGAUCGCAUGUACCUGCCCAGUCCCACGGAACCUAUGUUCUACCGUAGCCUGAUCAGUACAUCAGAGAACAUGGAGGAUGCUGAGGAGUAUCUUCACCCCUAUAAGGAUCUCUCCACCAGACAGACCACCCAGCACCACAACUCUAGGAAUGGCCAUCCAAUGAGAGAGAACAGUGUGAUCCUUCGCUACAUCACAGAUCCCACCCACGGUGGUUCUCUAGAGGAGGACAUCACAGACUCCACCCACGGUGGUUCUCUAGAGAAAGAUUUCCCAGCUCUUCCAGAAUACCUUAACCAGAACGGGAACACCAGGCUCUCUGACGUCUUCAACCCCAGCUAUGAGGACCCCACUGAGCCAGCCUGGGCUAGUAGGCCCUCCUCUGGGUACGACCCGGACGUCAAGUUCUUCAACUUCCUGCCGUGCGUGCUGGAGAUCCCUGAGUACCACAACAUGGCCCGCAGUACCCUCCCUCGCUCUGUCUGCGAGCGCAUGGACAACCCGGACUACCAGGAGGACUUCCUGCCUCAGGCCACACCCACCAGAAGUCACUUCCUGCCUGCAGUAGAGAACCUGGAGUACCUCGGGUUGAGCGCUGCUGUACACGCCCCUGUACGCUAGGGGUUUCCUCCCACAGAACACAGGGACAGUGAGGGACUAUGGGACCUAAAGGAACUUGGAUGGAGACAGAUGUGGGACAUCAGGGAAGGGUUUGGAGAGAUUACAGUAGUGUGGUUGUCCCUUUAUUUAUGGAGUGAAUAGGCUUUUUGCGUCGUCCUUGGAUGUAAGUCAGCCGAAACCAAGAUGCCGUCUGUCAUGAAUUGAUGCUCCUGGGAAAUGUGUACUCUAUUUCAAAUCCAUGAGGCAUCCACAGGUGAGUUUGGGUGACUUUACAAUCAGAAGAAUGAGCCAAAGCCUUGACAAUACAAUUAUGUCACGCAAGUAAUUUAUUUGUACACUGUUGUUUGGUCAGUUCGGGUCGAGUGUGUGAAACAGUUGUUUUUUUAUUUGUCUUGCCAUGAAAUGUGAAUGUGGAGUGAACUGAGUACACACUGAGAUACUGACCAUUAAGGUCAGUGGUGGACCUUAUGCUUACAUUGUAUUGUGGACAGUUUAUUAGAGCUUUUUACUGUUGUACACACUUGAAGACCAAGAAACGAUUUUGGGUACCAAAAGCUACUGGUAACUAAGAGGGUCAAUUCAAAGUAUUUUCAAAAAACGACACACAAAUGUACAGAUUGUGUUAGGCGUGCAUUGAUCUACACAAAAACGGUAAAUAAUGGCGACAUAUUCGGGUCUCACUUUUUAUCUUAGAAAGAAAACUCUUGCUAGUAUUAAUAAUUGCAAUAAGGAUGGAAAACUGGAAGAGCACAAAUAGACACUAUAAAAGAACUCUAUGGGUGGAGAACGAUUAAAUGAAGGUGUGGCGGUGUGAAUUAAUGCCACCACCUCAAACCCCUCCCCCAUUCAUGGUUUCAUAGCGUGUAAAGAUGGUGGAAUUAAUUAGAGUUCAGAAUACGGCGUGAAAAAAAAAAUAUAUAAACACACAUAUAUAUAUAUAUUUUUUAGUAAGUCUGGCUUUCAACUUACUCUUGAAAGUUGUAAUAGUAGAUGCACAAGGUGAAAUUUCAAAAUUGGGUAGUAAAAGCAUCCGUUUUCCUCUUGUCAGUCAUUGCAUACCUUGCGAGCUAUUUAUAACUAAAGUAAAAUGUCCAGAUCAACUAGACCGUGUCAGCUAAAGUUUUUUAGCUAGGUUUUUUUGUCUAAGAAAAAGCAUGAUCUGGCGUAUAUUCUGAAAAAAAAUAUUUAGUGUAGAGGUGCAGACUUAGGACGAAUAAACUGUAAGCUAUAAAAAUUGAGUUUAUAUAUGAACUCCCAGUAACUUUUUAUUGGGUAAAACAACAGGGUCACCCUGAAGAAGGCAGAGUGAUGCCGAAACGUUGGUGGUUUACCCAAUAAAUUACUGGGAGUUUAUAUAUAGAGUGUGCAAUUCUUUAUUUUUAUAGCUAGGUUUUUUUAGCUCAUAGAUUUUGUUGUAAUGUUUGAGUCACUCAAAUCACAUGAAUAUACAUUAAGCAUGACAAAAUAUGUAGAAUUGCAGGAAAUAAACUUUAAACCUUACAUUUUAUUUCGGCCAACAAGAGGGGAGUGAGCAGUUUCUCAUGAACAGCGCUUGUGCCCAUAUAAAUAGACAUGUUGUGCACGCAGGGGGGAUGCAGAUGUUCCCCAAUGCUGGAAGGGGGGCCUGAGUGAAAAAGUUGCGGAACCCCUGGUCAAGCAAACCUACUGGUUCUUUCAGAUAGAAAUAACAGCAUUAGCCAUGCAUUAUUGUUUACAACUUGAUAAGAGCUAGGUAAAUGAGUGAUCCGUUUGGAUAAGGGAAUUGUAAAUUACACUUGUUUUAGAUGAACACUACAUGACAAAAGGUAUGUGGACACCUGCUCGUCGAACAUCUAAUUCCAAAAUCAUGGGUAUUAAUAUAUUGCUGCGGGGACUUGCUUCCAUUCAGCCACAAGCAUUAGUGAGAUCGGGCACUGAUGUUGGGCGAGUAGACCCGGCUCGCAGUCAGCCCAAAGGUGAUAGAAGGGGUUUAGGUCAGGCCAGUCAAGUUCUUCCACACUAAUCUCGACAAUAGAUUUCUGUAUGGACUUCACUUUGUGCACAUGGGCAUUGUCAUGCUGAAAUAGGAAAGGGCCUUGCCCAAAUUGUUGCCACAAAGUUGGAAGCACAGAAUCAUCUAGAAUGUAUGCUGUAGCGUUAAGAUUUCCCUUCACUGGAACUAAGGUGCCUAGCCCGAACCAUGAAAAACAGCCCAGACCAUUAUUCUUCCUCCACCAAACUUUACAGUUGGCACUAUGCAUUAGGGCAGGUAGUGUUAUACCAGGAUCCGCCAAACCCAGAUUCGUCCGUAGGACUGCCAGAUGGUGAAGCGUGAUUCAUCACUCCUGAACACAUUUCCAUUGCUCCAGAGUCCAAUGGCGGUGAGCUUUACACCACUCCAGCGGAUGGUUGGCAUUGUGCAUGGUGAUCUUAGGCUUGUGUGCGGGUACUCGGCCAUGGAAACCAAUUUUAUAAAGCUCCCGACAAACAGUUAUGGUGCUGACGUUGCUUCCAGAGGCAGUUUGGAACUUGGUAGUGAGUGUUGCAACUGAGGACCAACGAUUUUUACGCGCUUCAUCACUUGGUGGUCCGUUCUGUGAGCUUGUGUGGCUUACCACUCCCGGGCUGAGCCGUUGUUGCUCCUAGACAUUUCCACUUCACAAUAACAGCACUUACAGUUGACCGGGGCAGCUCCGCAUGGCAGAAAUUUGACGGACGGACUUGUUGGAAAGAUGGCAUCCUAUGACGGUGGCACGUUGAAAGUCACUGAGCUCUUCAGUAAGGCCAUUACUCUGCCAAAGUUUGUCUAUGGAGAUUGCAGGGCUAUGUGCUCAAUUUUAUACACCUGUCAGCAACGGGUGUGGCUGAAAUAGCCGAAUCCACUAAUUUGAAGUGGUGUCCACAUACUUUUGUAUAUAUAGUGUAGAUAAACAUUUAGAGAUUUGAGGAUAGGAGCGUGAACAGUGUCGCGUGGACUGUUAGCUCUUGUUAACAGCAGAUACGUCAGAUUAUUUGUGAAAUUUCUACUUGUCUAACAAAACAUUUUUUUACAAUGGAGAUUGUUUUAACAACCUGGAUUUGUCUCUAUCCUCGAGUUGAACAUCCACGUGUGAAUUAAUUUAUGAGUGUACAGUACCAAUUCAGAUGUAUUUCCCCAGAAAUCAGCAGUCUUAAGCAAUGUUAGGAAGAAGUUAGCUACUUGUACAUAAAUGAACAUUCCCUGGAAAGCCCCUCAUUGCGACUCCAUUCCUUUUGUUAGACCUAGAAUUCAUAGGCUGCGUUAACACAGGCAGCCCAAUUCUGAUAUUUUUUAUGCCACUAAUUGGUCUUUUGGCCAAUCACAUCAGAUCUUUUCAAAGAUCUUUUUCAGGCCUCCCGGGUGGUGCAGUGGUCUAAGGCAUUGCAUCACAGUGCUAGCUGUGCCACUAGAGAUUCUGGGUUUGAGUCCAGGCUCUGUCGCAGCCAGCCGCAACCGCAAGACCCAUGGGGCGGAGCACAAUUGUCCCAGGGUCGUCCGGGUUAGGGGAGGGUUUGGCCGGCAGGGAUGUCAUCGUCCCAUCGCGCACUAAAAACUCCUGUGGCAGGCCGGGCUGCCACGCUGAUGCGGUUGCUAGGUGUAUGGUGUUUCCUCCGCCACAUUGGUGCGGCUGGCUUCCGGGUUAUGUGGACAUUGUGUCAAGAAGCAGUGCGGCAUGGUUGGGUUGUGUUUCGGAGGACACACGGCUCUCAACCUUCCCCUCUCCCGAGUCCGUAUGGGAGUUGCAGCAAUGAGACACGACUGUAACUACCAUUUGGAUACCACAAAAUUGGGGAAAAAAUGCGUUUAAAAAAAGGGAAAAUACAACUAAAAUAUAUUUUUCAGAGCUGAUUUGAUUGGUUAAAAUAUAUUUAUCAGAAUUGAGUUGCCUGUGUAAACGCAGCCUUAGUUGCUACAUCAAUUUUGUUUUACUGAAAUUAAUGACAUUGAUUCUUGAAGAAUAUAACUUAUAAAUGCCUCAUGAGUUGAACUAAGCUGUCGUACCACAUCAGAACCCCAAAUAAGCUUUUUACUCCAAUGUUUAUAAGCGGUAUACAUGUAAAUAAACACUGUAUAGCCUCAAAACAUGGUUGAAACUAUACUUUUAAAUAUCAUGGAUGGUCAGUCCUUGUAUCCAUUGCUCUGUCUAUGAAUUUGAUUGUGGUUACAUUUCUCCAGGCCCAUCUCUCAGCUUUUUUCUAGCCGAUAACAGAGGCGGCUCAAGCACUGUUUUUAUGAUUGUCUAUGUUAUUACAGAGGGGUUAGAAGUCAGUAAUGCAAGUAGAAAAUAGUUGGUAAUUCAACUCAAUUUAAGCAGUUGGUAAUUGUGAGACAACUGCACGCUCUCUGAGCCAACAGUGUUUGACAUGUUACCAUGACGUUCUUCCUGUGUUUGUAUACUGUAUCUACUAGUAUUUGGUGUUUAGGAAAUCAAUUUUAAUUGUGCACUUCACACAUACAAAAGUACAACAUUCCACUGUAAUGCUAUGUCCUAGACGCUACAAUGCUUAAAAUAAAGGAAUUACAUUUUAAUUUCCUAAAAA